UGUAAACAAAAUUUGAUUUAAAUAGUCGUUGCAACGUAAACGAUUGUAACUGUCACCGUGUUCGACUCACGCAACAUAUAAUUGGAGCAGACAUAUCAAACGGAUAGCCCUGUAUCGCGGGAAAGAUAUACGAAUGGAAAAUCACCCACAGACAAAGCACGUUAUUUGCAAAUAAGCAAGGCGCAAAGUGACGCGCAUAUUCGUCGCGUCAUAACCUAUAAGGGUCAUCAGUGACGCUCUAGCAAUCGUGGGGGUGAGCAAUUCGGACGGAAUAUAUCCAACAAUUUCCAUCCGAACGUUCGUUGUUUACAUCACGAGAGGUGAGAAUUCGCGCGAGCGAGCGGUCGGGCAUGAGAGACCGGGAGCACAGCGCUAGAAUGCACCGUAGACAGCUAGCAUGGAAUACGACUCGGAAUCCAGCUGCGAGGGUCGUCGUCUGAGAGAUUCAAAGAACCCGGGCGAGCCAGCGCCGGCGCAUAGAAAAUGCGAGCGACACGACAACGACGCCGCGGAGCCGACCAAGCCGUACAGGCCGUCGGGCCUGGCCAGGAAGAGCCUCUCCGCGCAGGUAAUGGAAUACUACCGCAAGUACUCUCGCGACGCGAAUCUGGAUCAGUAUUUCUCGCUACCCGUGUCAAAUACUCCGCAGGAGGCUAUUAAAUACUAUUACAGCGUGUACGAAUUGAGCGCCCAGGUGGGACCAACGUCCCGACCCGAGGACUGCGUCGGCGAGGAGUAUGGUCUAAAGUCCUACGUGCCGCGAGAGAGACGUAGGUGGGUAAGACCCCCGUUGAUCGGGCAGUCCUCAAACGCGGACGCCUCAUCCAGAUAUGUUCAACCGUUGACAGAUCCCCAGACGCCGUCACCCGAUCUCAAGCGCGUCACGCCGGAGACGAUACACAAGGACAGGAACGAGAGUCAGGAGAAAUUCCCGGAGGUGAAUGAGAGGAAAUUGUCCUCGCCGACUUCCAGCGUGGCGUCCUACAAACCGCUGGAGUGGGACAGCGGCGCGGACGUCGGUUAUUUCAAUUCGCAAUUCGCCCACAACAAGCAGGACGAUAAGAAGCUGAGUACCAUAGAGCGCAUGGCUCUAGCGCGAGGAUGCUCCGCUGCCCUACGGUUGGACCCGGAAGGCACCACCGAGUCAGGGAUGCAAUCCGGCAAGAACGCUGCGACACAGAGCGGCUCAAAAUCAUCAAUGGGUCCCGACGCGAAUUCCACGCCACUGAUCGGGAACGCGUCGGGGUCGGAAAGCGAGAUUGAGAUCACGCCUAUCAUGAAAAAUCAUCUGCCAGGGAUUAUCACGGGGAAUGACAUAAAGUCGCAGGAAAGACGCGUCCCAAACGAUACCGUGCAAUCGAAGGCUGUGGUGAGGCCUACGAGGCUCGAGAUACACGACACUCCGACGUCGUCGACGUCUGCGUUCAAAGUGCCAUUGAAAUAUUCGACAGUGGAAAGGAGAAAUAAUGUAAAUAAUCGCAAAGAAACCGCGCGUCCGUCGAGUUCGCCAUUAAAAAAAAGCAUCUCGAUGAAUGUGAUACCGUCAUCGUCUAAGUCCUCAUUGAAGAGGAGUCAGAGCGAGGUGAAUUUACACGCUAAAGAUGGAAAAGCCGUGUUCCCUUUGAUCUUCAAUUCCACGUCUUCGAUCGCCACCGUGGUGAACAAGCCCACCACCUGCGACAAAGUGAUACAGACGAGUCCCGAUGUGUGCGCUCAAGAAUCCGUCGGCGUGCAGGUUUCGGAUCUCGAAGAGACCAAAUCUCCUGAAAGAGAUCCGAGCUCGCAAGCAGCAGCAAUACAUUCUAUCUUGAAAAAAUCCAAAGGCACAUACAAGGUGAAGAAUCCAAGAAAAGGUGAUGCCGAUGUCGACGCAGGCGCGAGGGAGAGCCAGAGGCAUCGGAGUAAUUCGGACGUUUCGCAGAAUGCGUCAACCUCAGCGACGCCGCAGCCCGACGAGACGGAGAACGUGUCCGGCAGAGCUAAUAGUUUUGAAUAUUUUCCGGGACACACUUAUGCGAAUGUCCCGAACGGAAGAGACAGCCAUGUAUCCUCGGACACCGGUAGAUCGAACUCGACGUUACCGAACAGCAGCUCCAGCGUCAACGACAAACUCUGGGGUGACUCGGACAGCUUGGUCCGCGAUCUGGAGAGGAGUGUCAACAUAUUGAAGAGUCUUGUCGAUGCUAACAAAUGUGACAAGCAGGUCAAGAAGAGGCUGAUCCAACAUGUGAUCAAGCGGCUUGUAACUGCAAAGUACACGGAUGAUAAAAUUGAGCAUAAUCUGGAGGAUAAUGUACCGUGGAAUCCUGACGACGCCAGGAACAAGGUCUACCGAGCCGAGCUGCUUCAAGCUCUGGCGAACAAGCACAGCACUACCGAAUCCUCGGACGAAUGGAAUUUGCAGAAGAAGGACGCGUCCAUGCAGAAAUCUCUGGGUACCACCAGCGACAUGAUAAAGGAGGUCGCAUUGGAGAGCAGUAAUAGUGAUAAGUUCGAUCGGCAUACGGACAGAACGGAAAUGGACGGCAGGAAAGCGCGAUUGGGACUGCGAACGGACGACUGUCAGCAGACCAGCAACACGCCGACGGAUCCUGACAAAAGCGAGAGCUCCGAAUGCUUCGUACCGCAGCGGAAUCACAAGAAUGCCAAAGUGAACGACAUAUUUUGUUUUAAGGAGAAUUGCAAGCUGCCGCAUCGAGAGUCGACCACGACGAACAGCAUACCACCGGAUCACAAUAGGAUCUUGCUGGACGCUGUUGUAAACAAUAGGAGAACGCCGAUCGAAUCUAACAAUAACACGGAUAAUAAUACCGACUGGAGAUUACCGACGACCUCGUCGGAGAGGCAGUUCGAAUUAAAGAAAUGCAGCAUGUCCGAGUCCGGCGAUUCCAAGCUCGUUAAUUACGCCGAAAUGGAGAAGAGGAAUCAAUUGAUUUGGAUUACAAACGAGAUUAGCCAUCUCUGUAACUUAAAAAAACUGCUGGAGCAGCCCAGGCGAUUGGAAAGACCGAAAUCCUCGCCAAGAAAAUCUAAAUCGGUGAAUCUCAAAUCGAAACAGACGGUGAUACUUAGACGGGAACAACACGCAGACAGCAUACACAGGAGUGUGUCGGACCUGCAAGAGGAUUCCGUCAACGAGCCGUGGUCGUCUCACUGCAAUUUAGCAGCGUGCGAGACUGCGGGUGACAUAGUUCAAAGGAUCAUGAAACGCAACAGUUGCACGCAGACGGCCACGAGUGUAGCCAAUGCUUACUCGAAAACCGGUGGAGAAAUCGUAUCCGCUGGUAAAACGCGAAAAUCCGCGACGAAGCACGUCGCCGUCGGUGUUCAAACGCUAUCACGGGAAACGUUUUCGACGAUCGAAUCCGACGUGUAUGACACGAGAUACGCGAGUCUCCAGAGACCGUGUGCACACUAUCAGAACGGCGCCAAGGGUAGGGAUCAAUCAUGCCAGACGCACUCCGUUCCGUUGGUGCAGCGCACGUGCGCGCGAUGUAGGCAGAGCCCACUCGAGACGGUGGGCUCGAGCGGAUCCCGGAAGGAUCAUCAGGGAGAUACAUCGGCUCUCUCUCAACAGACGCAGACCAAUUACAUGAGCGACGACAGCGUGGCGGAGCCCGUCGUCCGGUGUCACGCGACGCAGAGCGGCAGCAUCCAGCAGAAACAGAAAGAGGUUAAAAAUCAGAUCAACGCGUCCAAGUCGAAGUGCAGUUGCACGCGUAGCGCUUGUCUAUCUGCUGAUAAUAAGAGCAGCUCGAGUACCAUUAAAGCCAAACAGACCGAGUGUUACAAAGGACCGUCGUUCACGACGUGCCCGCUGUGUUUCAAGCAGAAACCUGCUAUAGAUGUUAGUAAUACCGUCUGCGGUGUAUAUCAAAAGAAUCCCUCCUUCAUACACGACAAUACUUCGGGAGUCAGUCAGACAUGCGCCUGCGAGAAUGUCUCCGAAUGUGACGAUAUCCCUUCUAAUGACGCGGACAAAAGGAACAUCGUUAGCAAAUCCCGACAGAACUGCAACGCAGAGAGCCAAGGUCGAGUGCGCGCAUUGAAUUAUGGCGAACAAAGUGACGCGGGAAAGAUUUGCGAUUGCGCGAAUGACUGUGUCGCAUGCCAUAAAUCGGGAAUCGCGACGGGAACGCUAUGCGAAUCUUGUUCUUGUAGUAAAAUUGACAAUAAUGGCUUGCGCCGUUUCGAGACUUACUCCGACAGUUCGCAAGACAGCAACGUGAAUCAACAACGUAAAGUACAAAGUAGUUUAAAAUGUAAUUGUGAUGAGGCUUGCUUCUGUAGUAAUAAUCAAGCGAAAGAAAAGGGAAAAGCGUGUAAGAAUUAUGCGUCGAAACCAAAUUAUGUAGACGAUAUCAGUAUUAGUAAAACCGAGAGAAAUUCUAAGCAUUGCCGUGCAUGUGGUGCCAUGUAUCAGAAUACUAGGAAAUGCGGUUGCCAUCAAACGUAUCCCAAAGCUGUCGCAUACGAAUUAUCAUUUACGAAAGAAAAUACCUCGAAAAAUGAAACCUCGAAUAUCAUUCAAAUGACACCAAAAGUAUCCAAACAACUGAACGCAGUAAAAUCCGAUGCCUGCCCUUGCGAUAUCAUAAAAAGGAAUAACAUCGGCAAGAAUUCUCAUUCGACGAAUACAUUGCAGGAUUACUUAUCUAGAAAUAAUCCCGAGUUUGUGGGGAAUGCGGAGACCCGCCGGCAGUAUUUAUCAGAGAUAUGCCAAUUGCGAGAACUGAGGAAGGAAAAGCGAAUACAAUUAUUGGCGAUGGCUAGUAUGUCCAACAUUAUUAAAACCGCACCAAUACGGAAGCCAACAGUUUGUGUGCAGCGAAAAAUUAGCGAUGAGGAAAUGAAAGAGCGAUCGCGUAAACGAUAUCUCCGACUGAAUGAAGUGCGAUUUAAGCGGCGACAACAGGAACGUCAGGAGGAGGCACGUCGAAAUAAGCUCAUGGCAAAAAUUUUUUGCAAGAGAUUACAGCAAAAAGUAUUGAGGGGCCAAGUAGAUUUAUCUCAAAGCGUUAGCGUUAUAUCCAACUUGUAGUAUUGAUAUUUACUUGUGUAGAGUUUUUUUUCAAUUUCGUAAAUAUCUAAGAGCUUGAUCUCAUGGAUUUUAUUGAAAUUUUGUUAUUAUGAUUCGUGCAGCAGAAUUAAAAUUUGCAUAUUAAAAUGUAAAAGUUUGGCAAUUUCCUUAAGACAGCAUUGUCAAAAUUUGUUUCGAAAAACUUUUUUAAUGAAUAUAAAAUACCAUUAUAUCAGAUUUCCUAAGUAGAAACAAAUUCUAUAUCUUUACUGCAAAAUUUCUAUUUACUAUCAGUUUGACACAAGAUAUUUUAUAUCUUUCUAAUUUUG